AUGUUACACGAAAAACUUGAAGAAUAUAACAGUGCCUUUGAAAAAAUCAUGAAAGAGCUUGAAGAGCCUGAAAUGCCAGAAGAUCCAAAAACUUCUGCCCCGUCAACAACAGAUGAAACCCCCAAAAAAAUUGCGUUCGACUUCACCAAACCAACCAAUUCUUUGACAUCUGCCAGCAACUGGUAUACCAUUUACCAAACGGACUGCCGCAAUCUCUACAAGAGCAAGCGGCCACCUCUUAUUGUUGAGUUUGUGCUCAAAGAAGACAAUAACUUUUCCAAAGAAAUCCUUAUAAACUGGGGAAAGUCUUCAAGAAGUUUUGAAAGACAAGAAAUGCCUUCAAAACUAUCUUGGAUCGUUUUAUUCCUCAAAGGCCCCCAGAACUCAAUAUCAGACCCAGCACCAACACGCCCACCCUCAUCUGUCAAUGGCCAACCAGCAGUGGAAUCUUCAUAUUAUAAGUGUUGUGCUGUUCUUGCUUCUGUAAUCAUGACAGUGGCUCUGGCCUCUGCUUCUUGUACACUGACCCAUAUUUAA